AUGAACAGCUAUACUUUUGCGCCUCAGCAAUACCCCCAGAGGGAGACACAGAAGAACUAUGUCUUCGUUGACGAACACAACCGUCAUAAGCGGCUCAAAGUCAUGAGAGCCUGCGAAGGCUGCCGGAGAAGAAAGAUCAAGUGCGAUGCGGCCACCACAAAUACUUGGCCAUGCAGUGCCUGCAUUCGCCUCAAGCUUCACUGCGUCCGCCCAAAUGGAUACGAUGGCGCAACUGAUUCGACAACCUACGAGGCCUUUGUCCCGCCGACGAACCAAUUUCAACAGAUGGGAAUGCCAUCCCACCAGCAGGGACAAGCUUCCCUCAAAUCCGAACAAGACGUCUAUGCGCCGCAGGCCGGCUAUCCCGACGCAGCUUCAGCUUCUUUCCAAACUCUUCCCUACGAUGCUUCACAGCCCCAGCACAAUCUUCACUACACUACGGUCCCCCCGCAAAUGUCCAUGGUAGAUCAGCAUGUGGCCCCUCAGGAUGCAUUCCCAACGCCUCCCAUGCAGCAGUCGUCGCAGCCGGGCUCAUCACCAGGUGCAUAUUCCGCCGACUCUUACCAGCAGCAGGAUCUAGCGGAUCUCUUGGGCGGCCUCAAGAUGAAUGAGAUCGGAACAGCGCCAUAUCUAAGGAACAAGGCCUCUUUUAGACGUGAAGAACCGGCAGUUGAGGAUGAUGACGACCUGGACCUGCCCCCCAUCUCGAUCGGCCCAGGGCACAGGAUUCGAAUCCCUCCUGAAUUGAUGCCGGAUGAUGGAACUGCGAUCCAUUAUUUCGAUCUUUACUUCACCCACGUUCAUCCUUACGUCCCGGUGCUCAACCGAUCAAUGUUUUACCGCCAAUGGGCUACUGCUAGGGGAUCAAUUUCCCCAUUAAUCCUCGAAGCUCUGUUCGCCAUUGGAGGGCGACUAGCAGAUGAACCAGCACAGGGCCAACAAUGGCUGGCGCUAGCAUCAAGACAUGCCGAUGCUUUCAUGGAUGUUCCUCGCCUAAGCACACUCCAGGCGCUUUUGAUGAUUCUCAAGGCCAGAGAAGCCGCACCGAAGCGAGGUUACUACUACCGCUCAUGGAUGACUGUUGUCCAAUGCGUUCAAAUGGCCAAGGAUCUUGGUCUAGAAGAGCAUUACGAGGAGCACCAGGCGGGCCGGCCUUGCGAAUAUAGCCCAACGGACUGCCAGCUGCGAACUCGAAUCUGGCAGACAGUCUUUGUUUGCGAAGUCAUGGUGGGAACUCCACAAGGUCGCUACAACUUGGCUGUCGACAUCGAUUCUGUAGACUUCAAUGUUCCAAAGCCCAUUCCCGGUGGAGACGAUGCCGAAUACCACGUCUCGCGCAACUUCACCUACUUUGCUCGCAACGUGCGAAACAUUGCUAGAAUAACCAGCAUUUAUGUGCGGCUAAGGAAGAGAAAGGAUUGGGGAGUCGACCCCGAGUUUCAGCAGAUGGACCAGCACUUCAAUGCCUUCCUGGCAGAACUUCCUGCCGAUCUUAGUGUUACGUUUCCUCCGGACGGCUCUGCACCCUGGCUACCGUCGCCUUUCCUUGGCAACCUGCACUCAUAUUACUAUCUGACUUUGAUCUUGUUCCACCGACCUCAGUUGUCAUUCCUAGACCCAACUACCCAGGAAGCUCAAUGGAAGCAUCACAUGAUGAUUUGCUACAAUUCGGCUCGUGCUCUCUGCCGCCUUCAGGAAGCUGUUGUCAACUCAUUUGGAACCAUGGGGCUACAGUGCAUGCAGCGUGGCUUCAGUUUUACUGUCUACGCUGGGCUCUCAUGCAUUGUGCUUCAUCUAGUCGCGAUUGUCUCCCCAGACCCUGAUCUCCACACCGAUGCGCGAGAAUUCUUUACCCGCCACAUGAGAAUCAUGGAAAAGGUGAUGGAGGCGUGGCCAAUGCCAGAGUUGCAGCGACAGAUCGACGCCGUCCGGGAGGCUUUUUCAGCUGACGUUAGGAAGCCUUUUGUUCUGAAGCCCUCUUUCCCCUACGGAAGCCCUCAUCCAUCUCAUAGUGCUAGUCCCCCAGGAUAUCGCGGCAUGCAACGCGCUGGUUCCAUGGAACAAGCACUGGAUUCGAGCGGCAAUCAAACAGUCAGUUACAUAAGCCAUCCCAUAUCACCUCCAAUUUCUACCGGCGGUCUGGACAGUAAGAGUGACUCCCCAUCUGCACAGUCGCUCGUUAUGAUGCCGCAGGCAGUCGGUCCCGGCAUUUCACCGAAUAUGGCCCUGCCAGAGCAGCCAGCUUGGAACCCGGCUAGGAUUUUUGAACAAUGGAACACCACAUUUGGUACGCCCGCCCAUACCGAGCCCAACCCUGUUUCCCCGGCCAGUUCUCUGAACGUUGCCUCGUCCUCAGGUGCACCCGAAGUCCCUACACUUGAAGACAUUCAAGCUGUAAACUCCUCGCUGCCGUCCGGCUCACAACACAGCAUUUCCCCACAUCAAUAUGUGGCUGCGCCUGUGCCGAAUUUCGUCACGCCCGCGAUGUGGCAGGAGUCUGUGGCCAGCGUAUACGAAGGCGGUCUCAAACGUGGAUGGGAUUACGACGGAACCACGCCGGCAAUGAAGCGCCGCUAG